GUACGCAGUGCGGGUGAGUCUGUUGUUGAUGUUAUGAAAAAGAUUCUGGAGUUUGUUCAGUGGUGUAGUGCAUCUUUAAAUGGCUAACUGACGUCUGUAAGCUUGUGGCAGCUGAAAAGGCCGCAGUAGAAAAGUUCGUGGUACUGAGUUGCGUACUCUUAACUUCCCCCCAAAAAGUAAACCAAAGUGUCAGUAAAACUGAAAGGCUUUUCUGUCUUCGACUCCCGUCCCCACCUCCCCCCCGGGGCAACGAUGGAAGGAUGUGCAGGGGGUGGCGGGGGGCAGCAGCGGCUUAAUAAGGAUUUGAACCGGGCCUUCGCUUUCUUUGUGAAGUAUUCAACCCUGCUCAGGCAGAAUUUGAAAGAUUCGGUGAAGUUCUUCAGUGAAAUCAAGGCGGCUUCGAAACAGCAUCAAUACUGCAAUAGCUGUGCGCCAUCCACUCCUACCGGCAAGACGCAGGCAGAUUUGGUAGCAGAGGCAGCUGUAGCUGCUGCUAUUGAAACAGGUCCCUUAAGUGGCAUAGCCUUCUUUAGUGAUGAAGCAGAACAGCUGCAGUCCUCAAUUGACUGUCAUCCACGUCUAUUCAUAUUUGGCCAGAACUGGAAUGCAAAAUGCCAUGUUGUCAACAGCUUAUUAGGACAACUGUUGCCUUCCGUAGAUCAGAGUGAGGAUGAGAAUUGUAGGAAGCGGAAGUUGCGUUUUACUUAUGGAAAACAGAUGCAGAUAAGCUUGAUUGUUCUUGGACAGUAUGAGCUAGUACCACAACGACCACUGGUAUCUCAUCAAGGGAAGUGGGACACCAUACCAGAAGAGGACUUGGACAUCCAAAGUGCUGAUGACCAGGCACACCAGUUUGCUGAACUUGAAGUAACGUUACCUCAUAGCAUAUUGCAGGAAGCAGACAUUGUGGUGGCCCCGUCUCGAGAGAUCCAGUCUGCUGACUGCCUGCUGGAGGACUGCAUAAAACAAAACUGCGCCAAACAGGACUACACAAAACAUUACUUGCCUAUAAUAAUUUAUGCCAUCAGCAAGGAUAAGCUGUCUGAACUGGAGGAAAAUGAGCUGCGGAACAUGCGCUACAAAGAUUCCCCAGUUUUCUUUGUUAAAGUGCCACCUGUAUGCUCAGAAAUAGACAUUAAGGUCUGUAAAUCAGUUAGAACUGACCAAGAAAAGUCUGACCUUUUCUACCAUUUAGCAAACCUGGGUUUCUUGAACUCCAACUACUGCAGCUGUGGGGCUCCAGGUUUGGACAACAAGGCACCGAGUAUGCUUGUGGAGCAGUUUGAAAAGUUCCGUCAGCUGAGUACAUUUGCUAGGCAGGUGAUGCAGAUGCAUCUUGUGGGCAUAGCCACUGCAUUGAAUAAAGUCCACUGGCGUUGCUUGGAAAUCUUUAUUAAUCAGGCUUACUACAUGCAGCGAGACCUGCAGAUAACACCUAAACGACUGGAAUAUACACGUGAAAAGGAGAAUGAGCUUUUUUUGUCACUCAUGAGUAUUGCCAACCGUAAGCAAGAAGAGAUGAAAGAGAUGAUUGUUGAUACUCUUAGCAGCAUGAAAGAAGAAUUGUUGGACGAUGCUGCAAAUUUAGAAUUUCAAGAUGUCAUUAUUGGUGAGAAUGGUGAGCCUGUUAACAGCAAAGAUGUCAAGCGGUGCAUAAAGCAAAUACAGGAGCUUAUUGUGUGUCGUUUAAAUCAAGCUGUGGCCAGUAAACUAAUAAGUUCUGUGGACUACUUGAGAGAGAGCUUUGUAGGAACCUUAGAGCGAUGCCUGAAGAGCUUGGAAAAGUCGAAUCCUGACUCUGCCGCUUCUGCUUCAUAUACUAGUAGUCAUCUCAAGCAGAUUUUGAAUGCUGCAUAUCAUGUAGAAGUUACCUUUCAUUCGGGAUCAACAGUAACCAGAAUGGUGUGGGAGCAAAUCAGACAGAUAAUCCAGAGGAUAACAUGGGUAAGCCCGCCUGCUAUCAGUACAGAAUGGAAGAGGCAAGUGGCAGAAGAAGCAAUUGAAAGUCUCAGUGCUUCAAGACUAGCGAAAAACAUCUGCAGCCAGUUCCGGACCAGAUUAAAUAGCUCUCAUGAAGCCUUUACAGCAUCUCUGAAACAGCUUGAAGCUGGCCAUUCUGGCAGGCUUGAGAGAACAGAAAAUCUGUGGUUAAAGGUACGAAAAGAUCAUGCCCCACGGUUGGCUCGCCUCUCACUGGAGAGUAUCUCUCUUCGAGACCUCUUGUUAUAUGGGAAACCAAGACUAGGUCGUGAACUGGGACGAGGUCAGUAUGGGGUAGUGUACCUCUGUGACAUGUGGGGUGGACAUUCUCCUUGUGCACUGAAAUCUGUUGUUCCUCCCGAUGAUAAGCACUGGAAUGACUUGGCACUUGAAUUUCAUUAUACCAGAUCAUUGCCGAAGCAUGAACGCCUCAUAGACCUUCAUGGAUCAGUGAUCGACUACAACUAUGGUGGAGGAUCUAGUACUGCUGUGCUUCUCAUAAUGGAGCGACUACAUCGUGACCUGUACUCUGGCUUAAAGGGGGGUUUGAGUUUGGAACUAAGACUGCAAAUUGCUUUAGAUGUUGUAGAAGGAAUCCGGUUUCUGCAUAGCCAAGGCCUGGUCCAUCGAGAUAUAAAGCUUAAAAAUGUGCUGCUAGACAAGCAAAAUCGUGCCAAGAUCACCGACCUUGGAUUCUGUAAGCCUGAGGCAAUGAUGUCUGGAAGUAUUGUAGGUACUCCAAUACACAUGGCUCCAGAACUCUUUACAGGUAAAUACGAUAACUCAGUUGAUGUUUAUGCAUUCGGCAUUCUUUUCUGGUACCUAUGUACAGGAUCUGUCAGACUGCCAGAUGCAUUUGAAAAGUGUGCAAGCAAGGACCAGCUGUGGAACAACGUCAAAAAAGGUUGUCGACCUGAGAGACUUCCUAAAUUUGAUGAAGAAUGUUGGCAGCUGAUGGAAGCGUGUUGGAAUGGUGACCCUUCCAAGCGUCCCCUUCUUGGCAUAGUGCAGCCUAUGUUGGAGAGUAUUAAGGACAGACUCUGUAGAUCAGACUCUGAACAAACAAGAAAAGAACUGGAAGACUCCUUGUAAACUUAACUGUGCAAAGAACCUAUAUUUUUCCUUGGUGGAAGUUUUACCAUUCAUAUGACACCCUCCUAAUGCUGUGUGAUGAAUGUCCUAGCAUACCAGUCUACGCUGUGGACCUGUUAACUGAUAAAAUGGCAGUUUCUGUUCCCUUUUGUAGGUAUCCAGGGGCACCAUCACACUGCAUGUAGACUACAAGAAAUGUUCUUAUCCUUCACCUGCUAGCCACAUACUAGUGAUUUCUGCAAUCCGAAAACAUCUAAGGGUUAUUACUAGGACUGGAUUUCACUGGCUGCAUUUUAAUGAAGUAAUGUGAGGAGAACAAUUGGUUAUCAAGACAUUGAAGAGCUUAAAGUACAUCUUCCUUGAAGUGAAAGAGAUGCCCUGAAAUGAAGCCCAUUUGACAAGAGUGCAUUCAGUCCAUUGUUACAGUACACUAAUGGCUUUGAUCACUGUUCCAUCUUCGACUGCUGUGCUUUGUGCUAUUAGUAAAUAUUGUACCUUAACCUUUGGAGCAGUGAAAAAUGCCUUUUGGUUUUUGGCAUUGAGUAUAUCCACUUGAUUGUGAAUGCGGUAGGAUGCUGAAGAUCGCUCCACUUCAAAAUCAUCAUGGGUGUCUUCAGAAAACGAGACGGAGUCAUUUUGUAUGUAAUAAUGGCGCAAGUCCAACAGUUACUGCAGUGAUGAUACAGUUUGCAGAUAACUUCCAUAGUGUUCAACUGUAGCUUUAAAAUUGCAUACCUACUGACAUUUUUUAAGUUUCAGAUUGACUUGCAGUGUAACUUGCAACAACACAAUAGUCCCAACAGAUUUUUUUUUCUUGCAGGAUUGAUUUUGAGAGAGCUGUCUUGCGUGUGAGAGGCUGUUGCACGGCUGAACCUCUGUGGUGUCUUAAAGAUUUUCUUUUUUUCUUUUGUUUAUUCUGGAAAGCUGCUUUUAGAUUAAAAUUUUGUUUAGUAGAUUUUGUGAAGUAACACAAUAGUAUCCACAACUAAAAUUGUAAUUAUCUGGAUAUUCCAUGUGUGUGCUUCAUGGUCUUAUUCACAGCAAGCAGCUUACUUUAGCUUUUACUUGGAACAGACUUGAACACAAAUGUCUUUACUUGCAGUGCCAGGUAAUGUAAACUGUGCGUUUACCAAAAAAAAUAAGCUGUUAGCCCCGAGCUUCUAGUGAAUUUCUGGAACUCUGUAUUUAAAAUAAGUAAAAUAGAAUAAAGUAACUGAUUCACAUACCUCACAGCUAUGACUUGUAUUGUUUAUCCAUAUUAUAAGUAAACUGCUUGCUGUGAUAGCAUAAAUGCAGCCCAUAGGUUCCACUAUUACAUGCUUUCACUUCACACUUGUCAGCUUUCCAGACUGCAUGAAUAUGCUGCUUGACGACAAAAGGGGGAUUAAUUCACUGACCCAGUAAGUAAAGUAAUGGCUUUAUUUUAAAAGUUCUGUCUUUCCUGAGAUCAGCUCAGAUCAGUGCACUUUUGUAUGUGUUAGCAUUAAAUAGUUUUAAAUUGGAUUGUCAGAUAAAAAUGUUCAGUUUAUAUAUCAGUUUUAAUAAAUGUUAUUUAUUUGUAAGUAUUGUAUGAGUGAUUGGAUCAAGCAUGGUGAAAGACUCAAGGAAAGUAUUUCUACACCUUGUCUUUAGAAGGGUGUCAUUUCCCCUUCUCAUACAUUUCUGCUUUUUUUGAUAAUUUCAGAUACAAGGACAUCUUAAUUAAAUUUUUCUGUGAAAUAGAAUCUGAUGUCACAACUUUGCAUGUGCCUAGUUACAUAUGAAACAAUAUUGCUAUACAUUAACCUAAUUUAGGUACUUUAUUUCUUGAAUUCUGAAAAUGAAACCGUACACACAUUUGAGUAGCAGUAAAUUAGGAGGGUAUUCACUGCAUUCUGAGAAGUUCUGAAUUUGGAAAUAAAGCAUUGCAGUCU